AUGAAUCAGCAGCCGACUGGAAUGUGCAUGGUGUGCGGGAAGGAGACGCAGAACCGCUGCUCGAAGUGUGCAGACGCGGGAAUCGACCUCUUCUUCUGCUCGCCGGAACACCAGAAACUCGUCUGGCCAGGACACCGCAUUUUCUGCGGCUCGCAGGCGUUUCCCGUUUCCUUCCCGCUUCUCUCGAAGGCCGAGGUCGCGAGCAUCGUCGGCAACCUCGACAAGACUAUCUUCUGUCCGACGAUCGAUGGGCAGGAGGUCCAGAUCACGCUGAUGGACCACAUCAGGCAAGCUGCGCUUCCAGGUAUGGGCGUGCCAGAGACCUUGACCCUCAUUCUCGGCACCAGCGAAGAGUCUACCGCCCGUCCCGUCUUCCGCAACAACCCCGGCAAACAGCAAGAGCUCCUCCUCUUCCUGCGCAUGUCGACCGAGUCUUGCAUCGGGACGACUUCCCUUCGCGACGGCAUACUCACCGGCCUUUCGCGCCUCUGCCUGUGUCUGACCGACAAGGGAAUCAUGCCUUACGUUCCCGAGUACGAACGCAAUCAGGCGGAGCUUUUCCACCGCUUUGUCGUCUUCCACACUCUCACCGCCUUUGCGAUGCGCCCGAACACCAUUGCAGAGAAGAUGCUUGCCAUGCAGAGGUAUGGCGAGGCGCUCAAGGAGAGCGAGAUCGCCAUGUACGCUUUCGCGGAGGGCAAGUUCGGGAAGGCCUUCUCAGAGAAGCUGAAGGAGGUGAUCCAGCUCUUGAAGCCGAGGGGUUACGAUUUCGUUGUCAAGCCGUAG